GGAGCAACGACAAAGUGAAAGAGAGAGCGAGAGAGAGAGACAGAGAGAGACAGGCUAGUGAUCCCCUGUCCGAAUCCCAUUUCCAAUAUAUAGUUUUACCUACCUGAUCGAGUCGCGUGUGUACGGGCACCAUGCGCGCUUUUCAAGGGCGAUAAAACUAUAUAUCAUUUUCACCUCUUUUGGUAUGUGAAGAAUGUACAGUAUUCGGAUGUUCUUUAGAAUAACAGUAUUUACAGUAAAUAGCUUGUUUUGUUUUUCAACUCAACAAGCUACACAGAGUAGUCAGCUGUAGUUUUUGCAGCAGGUUGUAGGCUAAGUGCGUUCUGGACUGUUGAAUACCGUGGAUCAGCGGGCGGGCACGCAACUCGGGUUGUUUAUAACGUUUGACAUUCCCACCGUAGGCUCCGAGGAAAGUAGCCUAGGUAGAAAACGGGGAAACCCGGGCAAGGCGGGGCCGAACCGGAGACAGCCAAAGGGAUUAUUGAAGAACUCACGUUGCCUUGAAGCUUCGCCCUGUAGCCGAUCCACUCGCAGAGUCGCAUCGUUUUGGGGUAACAAUAAUUUUCCACCCAUUGGAAUUUGGGGACUCUUUAUUCCCAACUACUUGGUGAUUAGUCUACGCUUCAAGUAGCCUAGGCUACGGCGAACAUAACUAGUUUGUAUUUACACCUAUUUAACGUCGGUUGUGGUUAUUUGCUGUGGAAUAUACGUUCCAGGACGGAUUUGGGGGGAAUUAUUUCCCCAGACCCGUUGGACCAUGGCGGACGACGAUGUGCUGUUUGAAGAUGUCUACGAGCUGUGUGAGGUCAUUGGAAAGGGUCCAUUCAGUGUGGUACGAAGAUGUAUCAACAGAGACGCAGGACAGCAGUUUGCUGUGAAGAUCGUAGACGUGGCCCAGUUUACCUCCAGCCCUGGUCUCAGCACAGAGGAUCUGAAGAGAGAGGCCAGUAUCUGCCACAUGCUGAAGCACCCUCACAUCGUAGAGCUAGUGGAGACAUACAGCUCAGAUGGCAUGCUCUACAUGGUCUUCGAGUUUAUGGAUGGUGCAGACUUGUGUUUUGAGAUUGUGAAGAGGGCAGACGCUGGCUUCGUCUACAGUGAGGCGGUGGCCAGUCACUACAUGAGACAGAUCUUAGAGGCACUGCGAUAUUGUCAUGACAACAACGUCAUCCAUCGAGACGUGAAGCCCCAUUGUGUCCUCCUGGCGUCUAAAGAGAACAGUGCUCCAGUGAAGCUGGGAGGGUUUGGCGUGGCCAUCCAACUGGGAGAGUCAGGACUGGUGGCUGGAGGUCGUGUAGGCACGCCCCAUUUCAUGGCCCCAGAGGUGGUGAAGAGGGAACCGUAUGGGAAGCCUGUAGAUGUGUGGGGCUGUGGAGUCAUCCUGUUCAUCCUGCUAUCUGGCUGCCUGCCAUUCUACGGUACUAAGGAACGCCUGUUCGAAGCCAUCUGCAGGGGAAAAUACAAGGUACUGAACCCCAGGCAUUGGGGACAUAUCUCAGAGAGUGCUAAGGACCUGGUGAGACGGAUGCUCAUGCUAGAUCCUGCAGAGAGAAUCACUGUCUACGAGGCACUCAACCACCCCUGGCUCAAGGAGAGAGACCGUUAUGCCUAUAAGAUCCACCUGCUAGAGACGGUGGAACAGCUGAGGAAGUUCAACGCCAGGAGAAAGCUCAAGGGAGCCGUACUGGCAGCAGUCUCCAGUCACAAGUUUAACUCCUUUUAUGGAGACCCACCAGAGGAGAUGCCUGACUUCCCUGAAGACCCCACAUCCUCAGGACUACUAGUAGCAGAACGGGCUGUGUCUCAGGUGCUGGACAGCCUGGAGGAGAUCCAUGCGUUGACAGACUGCAGUGAGAAAGAUAUAGACUUCCUACACAGUGUCUUUCAAGAUGAGCAUCUACACACACUACUAGACCUUUACGACAAAAUCAACACAAAGUCAUCUCCCCAGAUCAGAAAUCCCCCCAGCAAUACUGUACAGAGGGCCAAGGAGGUACUGGAAGAGAUCUCUUGUUACCCAGACAACCACGACGCCAAGGAGCUCAGACGGAUACUGACCCAGCCGCACUUUAUGGCCUUGCUCCAGACCCAUGACGUGGUGGCCCAUGAGGUGUACAGUGAUGAGGCUUUGAGGGUGACCCCCCCGCCCACCUCACCCUACCUGAACGGAGAAUCUCCCGAGAACACCAACGGAGACAUGGACCUGGAGAACGUGACAAGAGUACGCCUGGUUCAGUUCCAGAAGAACACUGACGAACCUAUGGGCAUCACGCUGAAGAUGAACAAUCUGAACCACUGUAUCGUAGCCAGGAUAAUGCAUGGAGGAAUGAUCCACAGACAAGGAACGCUGCAUGUAGGAGAUGAGAUCAGAGAGAUCAACAGCAUCAGUGUAGCCAACCAGACAGUAGAGCAACUACAGAGGAUGCUGAAAGAGAUGCGAGGCAGCAUCACCUUUAAGAUAGUGCCAAGCUACCGGACACAAGGACCUUCCUGUGAGAUAGAGUCCCCCUCCAACUCCAGGCAAUCCCCUGCCAAUGGCACUGGCCACUCCAGUGUUAACAGUUUUAUCUUGGAUCUGCCGUCUACCGUCCAACCCAAGAGUCGACAGAUGGUGGUACCCAGACCUCCAAUCAAGGAUAAAAUGUCCGUCAAGAUCUACGUGAGGGCCCAGUUUGAGUAUGACCCCUCCAGAGAUGACCUCAUACCCUGCAAGGAGGCUGGGAUUCCCUUCCGGGUUGGUGACAUCGUCCAGAUCAUCAGUAAGGACGACCACAACUGGUGGCAGGGCAAGCUGGAGAACACUAAGAACGCCACCGCAGGGCUCAUACCCUCACCAGAACUACAGGAGUGGCGUGUGGCGUGUAUAGCCAUGGAGAAGACCAAGCAGGAGCAGCAGGCCAGCUGUACCUGGUUUGGCAAGAAAAAGAAACAGUACAAAGACAAGUACCUGGCCAAGCACAACGCAGUAUUCGACCAAUUAGAUCUUGUCACGUAUGAAGAGGUAGUGAAACUGCCUGCAUUCAAGAGGAAAACACUAGUCUUGUUAGGGGCCCAUGGAGUGGGCAGAAGACACAUCAAGAACACACUAAUCACAAAACACCCCGACAGAUUUGCCUACCCAAUCCCACAUACAACCAGACUUCCUAAGAAGGACGAGGAAAACGGGAAGAACUACUACUUUGUGUCACAUGGCCAGAUGAUGCAGGACAUCAGUAACAAUGACUACCUGGAGUACGGUAGUCACGAGGACGCCAUGUACGGCACGCGGCUAGAGACCCUCCGCCAGAUCCACGAGCAGGGACUCAUCUCCAUACUGGACGUAGAGCCACAGGCCCUGAAGGUCCUGCGGACAGCGGAGUUCGCUCCUUACGUUGUUUUCAUUGCUGCACCAACCAUUACCCCUGGCAUCAAUGAGGACGAAUCAUUGCAGCAUCUUCAGAAGGAGUCAGAAAUUCUCCAGAAGACCUAUGCCCAUUACUUUGACCAGACCAUAAUCAACAACGAGAUAGAUGAGACCAUCAGACACCUAGAGGAGGCUAUAGACCUGGUCUGUACCAACGCACAGUGGAUCCCUGUGUCCUGGGUCUACUGAGGAAAAAACACAAAGCCCUCCUCUCCUCUCCUCUGCUUUCUCCUCCUCUCCUCUCCUCCUCUCCUCUCGUCCUCUCCUCUCGUCCUCUCCUCUCCUCUGCUUUCUCCCCCUCCCC